AUGGCCUACUACGAGAAAGAAUACCGGUCCACCCGGUAUAAAGAAGACGAUUCCGAUGACGACAAGUACAAGAGCACAACGGUCCGCCGAUACAAGGUGGGCGGCAACGGCGGAGGCGCUUCCACCACCACCACUAGAGUCGACCGUGUCAAGCGAUAUGACGACUUUGACGAUGAUCGCAGAUCUACCUUUUCAUACCGAGACGAUUAUCGAGACUCCCACUCGCACGUUGGUCGUCCCGCUGCGGAAGUCGUAGAGGUUGACAAGCGAGUGGAGAAGACUUACCUUCCCGAGCGCCCCAGAUCGGCCUUUGACCCUCCUGUGCAGCGCACCGUUGUGGAGAAGAGGGUUAUUGAACGCGACGGAUCCGAUUUCCGGGACCGUGAUCGCGAUCGCGACGACCGGUACCGCUAUGAAGAGAGGGAUGUUGAAUACUCUCGUGGAGUUGCGGAACGCCGCGAACGUGAUAUAGUCAUUGAGAGGGAGCGUGAGCCUGAGCGCCGCGAUAGAGUCGUUCGCGAGACUCGAGAGACGGUGACUGAACAGCGGGACACACCUUUGUCCCCACGAGAGAGAGAUUGGGACCGUCGCUCGCGCAUGCCCUGGGAAGAUGACCGCGACGAUGUCCGUGUGGAAAAACGAGUCGAGCACAGAACCGAGGAGCACGGCGACCACGUCGACGACGUCCGUGUCGAAAAACGGGUCGAGCGUAGAUCUGAUGACCACGUCGACGACGUCAAGGUCGAAAAGCGUAUUGAGCGCUACCACGAGGACAACCACGAUCACCACCACCAUCAUCAUGGCGGGGACAUUGAGCGCUAUCGCAAGGAGGUGGAAUAUUAUGCUCCGGCUGAUCCACCGCCUCAACCAAUUGUCAUUCGCCAGAAGGCUCCCGAACCCCAGCAAAUCAUUGUCCAGGAGGCACCAGCACCACCUCCUGUCAUCAUUGACAGACAGGCAGAACCUGGAUACGUUGUGCUGAGGGAAAACAAUCGUGAGAUCGCUCGCCGUGAUCCACGAGAUGAGGAGUACUAUUACCGCAGAGAGGAGCGGCGCAACGAUGACUAUGCCAUGGAAAGGUAUGAUCGCCGUCGCCGCGACUAUCCAUCAGAAGACGAGGAUGUCUACGUUAAAAGGACCAUCAUCCGGCGAGAGCGCAGCACAAGCUCUGAUCACCACAGAAAGAGACAUCUAGCCGAAGGCGCUCUCGCAGGAGCCGGAAUCUCUGCCUUGGUCUCCAGUCGACGUGGUCGCGAGGGUGACCUCCAAGACAAUCGUGGCAAGAAGGUUCUUGCUGGUGCUGCACUCGGUGCUCUGGGUACUGAAGUGAUUAGAAGGGCUCGCAGCGCCUACGAGGAGCAUUAUGACGACCGAUACUACGAUGACGACGAUUAUCACCGUCGUCACAGAAGUCGCUCAAAGUCGCGGUCCAGAUUAACCACUGGUCUGGCUAUUGGCGCUGCCGCACUCGCUGUUGCUGGUGGACUCAAGUACAUGCAGAGCAACAAAAUCGAAAAGGAGGAAGCGACAAGAGGCCGCAGCAGAGGGCGACGGUAUUCUGGAGAUUAUUCGGUUUCCCGAAGUCGUUCUGGCGGCCGAUCCCGCAGCAGAGCAAGUAUGGCCAAGGCGGCCGCUGCAACUGGCGCCAUUGCCGGGCUUGUACAGCAUUAUCGUAGCAAAUCCCGGAAAGGCUCCCGAAGCAAGUCUAGGAUCAGAACUGGAGCUGAAAUUGCGGCGGCUAGUCUGACUGGAGCAGCAGCCAGCAAGCUGUGGGAGCGUCACAAGGAGAAGAAAGAUCAAGCACGCGACCACGAUAGAGACAUCGACGAUGAGUACUAUUCCGACAGAAGCCAAAGAUACGGUCGCUCGCGUAGCCGUAGCCACAGCCGCAGCAGGUCGAGGGCACGAAGCUUCACCUCACGAGAUGCCGCUAAUCCAGAGUUAGGCCUCGUUGAAUACGGCGCCACUCCUCUUCCACCCUCGCAUUAUGAAGACCCACCACGAGAGCGACGCCAUCGUCACCGUCACCGCUCAGCAUCAGUGAGUCCGGAGAGGGAUGUGAAACAAAAGAGGAGUAAAAGCCGCCUUCGUGAAGCUGCGGCUGGGGUUCUUGGUGCCGGCGCUGCAGCAAUUGGCAUCAAGAAGUAUAACGACGUCAAGAAAGAGCGCGAGAGAUCUCGUGACCGAUCACGGGAUCGGCCCAGAGACCAGUCUCGAGAUAGAUCCCGAGACAGAUCGAUUGAGAGGAGAGAGUCGGAGGAAAGGAGAGCUGAGCGUAAACGCAACAGAAAGUCCAGAGAACGUGACCGACGGCGUUAUGAUGAAGAGUCUGCUGUUGGUGGCUAUUAUUCGGGAGGCGAAUACGAUCCUCAAGCGCCUCCUUCACCACCAACCGCAUCCGGAGGGGCAUAUUACCCACAGGAACCUCCCACAGCCGCUGGUCCUAGUGGGUUCACUCAACACGGGAACAACUCCUCCAUGAACGUCAACGCCUACCCACCCCCACCGGGGCAAUACAACCCUCAAGAUUAUGCCAACAUGCCUCCUCAUCCAUCUCAUUAUAAUCCACAGGACUUCACCAACAUGCCACCGCCGCCUGCUGGCCCACCACCAAACAUUGGACCAACAGGGCGCCCGAUAAACCCCUACCCUCCCACCGGGCCAGAGAAUGUGAGUCGUCAGCCGCCUGCGGAUGAUAUUCCAACUUCCAUUCCCCACGAUGACCCGAGUAUGAGGGGCGCUAGUGCACAAGAUGGUGUAAGAAGGUCUCGAGAUCGACAUCAUGUCCCUAGGCGUUCUUCGUCCCGUUCAUCAUCUAUCAGCACCACUGUCGAGAACCCCACUCCAUCUACCACAAAGUCUGUUUGCUUUAUUCCGCUCUCUCCCCAAUCAAGCCGCACUCUGAGAAAGCACCACGCCGACCAUGAGGAACGAGCCGCCACGCCAAAUAAUGAGAACCAACAUGACUCUGACUCGGAGACCCAAACAAUUCGACCUAGACGGCCAGGCAUGCACAGACGACGAUCGGGCUCGGACCCCUCGUCCGACCGACCAUUGGUGCAACGUCGCCGUCGCAGCGGCCGGGAUGGCUCGCCACUGUCUGACGAGGACGACGUCGAGGUUCUCCCAGACCGCUUCGACUCGGCCGGGCGCCCCGUCGACGCCAACAACCCCCGGCGCUGGCACUCCCGGACUGGCGACUUUGAGUAUCGCCCGCGCACCCGCGACGGUCCGCACGUGCAAGGCGCUUGGGGCGUCCACGGUACCGAUCCCGAAAUGGUCAAUAGGAUGGCACAGGGUGUCGGCAGUCUACUGCAAGGCCGACAAGGAUGGAUGGGCAUGAUUGGUAAUCUACUUACAAGCUUGCCAUCUUCCUCGGGCGGGGAUGGCGGGGAUGGCGGCGGCGGGCACGGGCACGGGCACGGGAUGAUUGAGGAUCGGGACCAUGUCAAUGAUGACGGCGAUGCACGACGGCGGAGGCGUCAACAGCAACGGAGACAUAGGAGGGAUGAUGAGGAAUAUUGA